GGGACCUGCCCCAGCUCCUGGCAGCCUCUGAGCCCUGCCUGGUGCCCCCGCCCGGCUGUUUCUGCCUAGCCCGGGGCGGGUAAAUCUGCCAAGCCCUGGCGUAACGCGCCCCUAGCUGUAAGGGCGGCAUAAUGCACCACCGAGGCGGUCCUGGCAGCUGCAGCUGCUCAGGGCAGCACCCACAGACCCCAUUGUGCAUGUAGCGCUCCCCACUGCCUCUCUGCAAUAAACACUGCUAGUGCUCUGGCCUGCCGCAGCAUAGCACCUGGGUGCCUCCCUGUCACUUACGGAGUAUGUGCUGGAAACGCACCUGUGAGUUCAAACCCAUUUUCUUGGGUACAGCACAUCCCCGAAGUGAGUUGGCCCAGUACCGGCGUGUGGUGAACAGCCAGAAGUGCGUGCGUGCUGGUGGAAAGCACAAUGAUUUGGAUGACGUGGGCCUAGAUGUUUACCAUCACACCUUCUUUGAGAUGCUGGGAAACUGGUCCUUUGGGGAUUAUUUUAAAGAGGAAGCAUGUGGCAUGGCAUGGGAGCUCCUAACACAGAUCUAUGAGAUCCCAAAAGACCGUCUCUACAUCACCUAUUUUGGAGGAGACUCUUCACUGGGGCUGAGCCCAGAUGAAGAGAGCAAGGACAUAUGGCUCAGCCUAGGGGUGCCUCCCAGUCAUGUGCUGCCUUUCCCACUGAGGGAAAACUUCUGGGAGAUGGGUGAGACUGGCCCUUGCGGCCCCUGCACCGAGAUCCACUACGACCAUGUAGGUGGCGGCAGGGACGCAGCAGCACUGGUGAACCAGGACAGCCCUGAUGUGGUGGAGAUCUGGAACUUGGUCUUCAUGCAGUACAGCAGAGAGGCUGAUGGGAGUCUCCGUCCAUUGCCCCAGCACCACGUGGACACGGGGAUGGGCCUAGAAAGGUUGGUGACAGUUCUGCAGCGCAAGCGCUCCAACUACGACACAGACCUCUUCACCCCCAUCCUGGAUGCCAUCCACCAGGGCUGCGGGGGGCCUGGGUACCAGGGCCUGAUCGGGGCGGCUGAUGUUGGAUCUGUGAACAUGGCCUACCGUGUGGUGGCGGAUCAUGUCCGCACCCUGUCUGUGUGCAUUGCUGAUGGCGUGUACCCUGGCAUGUCUGGAGCCGAGCUGGUGCUGCGCCGCAUCCUGCGCAGGGCUGUCCGAUUUUGCUCUGAAGUUCUUCAUGCUCCGCCUGGGUUCCUGGCCAGCUUGGUUCCUAUCGUUGUAGAAGUUCUGGGAGAUGCCUAUCCAGAGCUGAGGAAGAACGCAGACCAGAUUAUGAAUGUCAUCAGUGAGAACGAGGCUGCAUUUCUCACCUCCCUUCUGCGGGGGCGGCGCAUCAUAGACAGGACUCUGCAGCAGAUGGGUCCCGCCAACCUUUUCCCAGCGAAGGUGGCAUGGUCGCUGUAUGGAAACCUGGGGUUUCCCCUAGAUUUGAUUGGCUUGAUGAUUGAAGAAAAGGGAAUCCAGCUGGACUGGGCAGCUUUGGACCAGCUAGCCCAAGAAGAUGCUGAGCGGAAAGCUCAGACCCACCAGGCAGAACAACUGGAGAGCUCUUGUGUGCAGCUGGAUGUGCAUUCGCUGGCUCAGCUGCAGAAGGAUGGUGUGCCUGCUACUGACGACUCGCCGAAGUACGCCUAUACACUCGGGCAGGAUGGGAGAUAUGUGUUUAGCCCGUGCCAGGCCACCAUCUUGAUGCUGUACAAAGAUCAGUCUCUUCAGAAGGAGGUUGGGGCAGGCCAGCGCUGCGGUGUCCUCCUGGACAGGACCAGCUUCUAUGCAGAGCAGGGAGGCCAAGCACAUGAUCGGGGCUACCUCGUGCGCCUGGGGCAACAGGACAUGCUCUUCCCAGUGGAGUCAGUUCAGCUCUCUGGUGGCUACGUGAUCCAUGAGGUCACGGCAACCGCGACCCUGCGGGCUGGGGACCAAGUGCAACUCUUUGUAGAUGAGGCGCAGCGGCUGGCCUGCAUGGUGAACCACACUGCCACCCAUCUGCUGAGCUUUGCGCUCCGCCGCGUCCUGGGAGACCAGACAGAACAGCGAGGGUCACACGUGACUGCUGAGCAGCUGCGAUUUGACUUCAGUACCAAGGCCCCUGUGACCAUGCAGCAGCUGCAGGAAAUAGAAGGUGUGAUCCAGGAAGUGGUUGCCCAGAAUGAAAGUGUCUAUAUGGCAGAGGCCCCCCUGGCACUGGCAAGUGGCAUUCAGGGACUCCGGACCAUGGAUGAGGUGUAUCCGGAUCCAGUGAGGGUGGUGUCCGUGGGGGUGCCGCUGGAGAGGGUGCUGACCCCCAACUCUCAGGCUGCAAUGCAGACUUCUGUGGAGCUGUGCUGUGGGACGCACUUACUGCAGACUGGAGCCGUGCAGGAUCUGACCAUCAUCUCCGAGCGUCAGCUGGUUAAAGGGAUCAGUCGCAUCAUCGCAGUCACUGGGGAGCAAGCCAGGCAGGCACGGGAAGUAGGUCAGGCCUUGGCUAAAGAAGUGGACUCGCUCUCUGUGCGAGUGAAACAGGGAAGUGCUUUUCUCCCCGAGGUGCAGAGCCUCUCCAAGGAGGUGGGACGCCUGACGGAGGAGGUGGGCAGCACUGCAAUGCCCCAGUGGCAGAGACGGGAACUGCAGGCCACUCUCAAAGCUCUGCAGCGAGCAGCAAACACCGCCAUCAGAAAACUAGAAAUCAGUCAGGCUGCGGAGAAAGCACAAGGCCUGCUGUCAAAGCACUCCAAGAGGCCCAUCAUCGUCGAUACCAUCCCAGCUGACUCGCUCUCCAUCCUGAUGAAGGUGGUGAACCAGCUCAGUGACAAGUCUCCUGGGGCGUCAGUGUUGCUGCUGAGCCCACAGGCAUCCGGCGAGGUGCUCUGUGCCUGUCAGGUGCCCAAGAGUGCCCUGCCCACGUUUUCUGCUGCGGACUGGGCCCUGGCUGUCUGUACUCACAUGGGAGGCAAUGCCGGGGGCUCUGGCAUUGUAGCCAAAGGUACUGGGAACACCAAGGACCUUCAGGGGGCUCUGACUGCUGCACUGGAGUUUGCCCGGAGUAGACUCUGAAGUCUUGUUUUGUGGGGUCAGCUAGAGCCUCACAUCUCAGGGACGUGGACAGACUAUCCCUUGGCUGCGCCCCACUUCAGCUUCCAACGAGCUCUGUCUUGGGUAGCUGAGCAGCUCCCGCUGCUGAGCGCAGCCGCCGAGCACCGUGAAUCAGGGAUACCUGGCUUCCUGCCCCCAGGAGUCAACAUAGGAAUAGGGGUCAGAGUCGGGCCCACCAUCCUACCCCAAAGGAGGGAAUGGAGGAGGCAGCUGAGUCAGUGCAUUUGGCCAUCUAGACUGGAUGCCUGGGGAUUGUCACAGAAGGAGCCAGAUUCCCCACCGGCUCUUCUGUCUGUGGGAGGUUAUGGCUGCUAGAGCGGUGGCCCUGCUCCUGAGCUGUGUCUGGGAGAAACCCCCAUGCAGGAAGCUCUGUGGGGGAGGAGGGGAGCUGUGCAAUGGUAUUCUGAAGCUAAUAAAGAACUGAGAUUGGCUGAGCUGCUAAUACCUUUUUCUGAUUGGCUGCAGUUUCCUUCCAGUGCAGCAAGGCCACAUGGGUGUUCUGUCCCUGCAAACUGCCCUCAGCAGCUGCUUUAACUCUCUUCUCGCAGCCGUACUGGUUAUCUUCAAAGUGCUGUUCAAGGACAGAGCAGCCCUCUUCCCCUCUCCCCACCUGUAUUGUAAUAGCACGGUCCCCACCUUACAAGCAGAGCAGAAACUAAAAUGGGCAAGUCCUCUAGCUCACAGUGCUCAGAGCUUCUGCAGGGCUUAGGGCAGUGUCCGUUUCCAGGUGAUGGGGUUUGGAAUUCAUCCUGCAACCCCAGAGAUAUGAAUGGCAAGAAUGUGUUCUGGUUAUUCGGCCUGUUUGCUUUGUGCCAUCCCAUUAUUCCUGCUCCUCCUCUUCACCACUCUUCAAAUACUUCCCUUUUCAGAGCUGGUCUCUGUUCCUCUGGUUUGUCAUGUUCAGCCCUGCCCCUUAUUCACAUGCCAACGGCAAACUUGGCCGUGGUGGGAUAUCUAAGAGAGCAUUAGGAACAUGUUUCACAGACACCCUGGGCAGCAAACACUGUUGCAUUGAUGCUGAUGUCAUGGCUGUGCAAACAUAGAAUUAACCUAUGAAACUCCCUGAAGCAGGAGAAAGCAAAGCCCAGACUGCGCUGGCCUUAAAAAGGAUUAGUUAAUUUUUAUGAGCACUAAGAGCGUAUACAGUCAAACUCAAAUAACCUGGGCAAUUUAAACCUCAUUAUUAUGUGUAUUACAGCUCCAAGGCUGUGUCAAUUGAAAGUGAAAAUACUCCCUGCCCACAAGACCUUGCCAAACUUGGCUCAUGCUAAGAUGCAGUGGGUGAGGGGAGAGGAGGACUGGCAAGGUGGGUGCCAUAAGCAGUAGAGGUCGCUCAUCACCUGCCUGGUCAUUAUCAGCUGCUAAAGUUUGGUAGGCAUCACAGCAGUGUUGCGUUUGAAGGAUGAGGGGGCAGAGGCAUGGAUUUGGGGGGGAGUUUUGCUCAUAUAUAAAGGGUUGGGCCAGCACUUAGGUUGUUUGGGCCAGCACAAGGGUACUUUGCUGUGCAAUGCUGAGUGUCACUGCGCCUACGUCCUUAAAAUCAUAGGGACACACAAUGAGUCAAAGCCUGACUUCAGCCCCUUCCCUCCGUGCACAGUGCAGGGCUGAGACAGGCACUUCAGAGUGCAGCAUGCUUGGCAGAGAGGUGCCUAAGGUAGCCCAUGACCCCUGCAGCCAUCCGCUUUGAGCAGCUUGCAGUACAGCAGGUAAGGAGCCAGCCCGAGGCCAGGAGCUGCCUAAGGUAAGCACCUCACAGUCAGAGCCAGCACCUGACACCCCACCCUCU